AGCAAAAGAGGAAUUGGAAGAAAAAUAAAAUAGAAAUUGUAAGCACCACGACCACCAUGGCUGCUGCUCAACCCAGGAUGCUGUCUUCCCUUGUAGCUACUCACUUUCUACAUUCGCCGCCGUCUCAGCCUCUCCGCCACCUCUUUCGCUACAACACAGGAAGAAAACAUGUGUACAUGCAGCUACCAAGAACAUUUUCUGGGUUGACCAAUCUCUUAUUUAAUAGAAGAAAUUUAGACGAGUUGCCCAACACAAAGCGUAAACCAUUGAGGCCUGGAAAGAUCUCACCUCGUCGACCUGUUCCAGAUCAUGUUCCAAUGCCACCUUAUGUCAAAUCUAAGAAGCCUCCUGGCAUUGCCAGUGGAGCUGAGGUUCAUGAUGAGGAGGGGAUAGAGUGCAUGAGAGCUUCUGGAAGGCUUGCAGCACAGGUUCUAGAAUAUGCUGGGACUUUGGUCAAGCCAGGCAUAAAGACAGAUGAAAUUGAUGAAGCUGUUCAUCAAAUGAUUAUUGAUAACGGGGCUUAUCCUUCGCCUCUUGGGUAUGGUGGCUUUCCUAAGAGUGUAUGCACAUCAGUGAAUGAAUGCAUCUGCCAUGGAAUACCAGAUUCCCGUGCACUUGAGGAUGGUGAUAUAAUAAAUAUUGAUGUGACUGUCUAUUUAAAUGGGUAUCAUGGUGAUACAUCAGCAACUUUCUUUUGUGGUGAAGUUGAAGAGGAGGCCAAAAACUUAGUCCGGGUAACAAAAGAAUGUCUAGAUAAAGCAAUAUCAAUUUGUGCACCAGGAGUGGAAUUCAAGAAAAUUGGCAAAACAAUACAUGAUCAUGCAGAUAAAUAUCGCUAUGGUGUUGUUCGGCAGUUUGUUGGCCAUGGGGUCGGCCGCGUUUUUCAUGCUGAUCCAGUUGUUCUCCAUUUCAGGAACAAUGAUAAAGGGCGCAUGGUGUUAAAUCAAACUUUCACCAUUGAACCAAUGCUAACAAUGGGUAGCUUGAACCCUGUAAUGUGGGACGACGAUUGGACAGUCGUAACGGAAGAUGGAAGCUUGUCAGCUCAGUUUGAACACACCCUAUUAAUAACAGAGAAUGGAGCUGAAAUAUUGACCCAGACUUAAGAAACAAUUGUUGUAGAUUUCUAUGUUCUGGGAAUUUGGUCUCUAGAGAUGAUUGGAUUUGUUGCCUCUCAAAGACUUAAUAUUUGCAAUAUUGGCUGAGGCACUGUAAAAUUUAUUGGUUUUAUCAUUGGUGAAAGAAUCUGUAAAUCAACUGUAUGGUGUUAUUAUAUAAUAGAAAAACUUGGUCUUUUACAAGUGCACAAAAUAAAUUCCACCUUUCUACACUA